AGCAGGGGGCGGGGCUGUCGGUGACCGUUUUUAUACGGGACACUGGCAGUGCCAGCGCUACAGCUCUGAGAGUCUCAGUCGUGCCCGGUGCUCACCAUGGUGUUAGAUAUCAGUGAAUGGGACGGACCCCUGAAACUCAGUGAUGUGGAUGAAAAACCAAAGGUUCCUCUGAGGGUGAAGCAUAAGGAGGUGUGCAUAGACAAGCUGGGGAAAGUCCUGAAACCCUGCCAGAUUAAAGACAGACCAACAAUUGAAUGGGAGGGCAUGGAUCCCAAGAAGCUAUAUACUGUAAUAUUGACUGAUCCUGAUGUACCCGGCAAACAUGAUCGCUCUAUGGCACAAUGGCAUCACUAUCUGGUAGUAAAUGUUAAAGGAAAUGACCUGAACAGUGGUAAUACUCUUACGGAAUAUGUUGGUUCAGGAGCAGGAAAAGGAACAGGUCUACAUAGGUAUACCUGGCUUGUAUAUGAACAGCCGACUUCCCUCAAGUGUGAUGAACCUCAUUUGAGUGACAGAACUGCUCAAGGCCGUGAAAAAUUUAAUGCACAUGCUUUCCGUAAGAAGUAUGGACUUGGCCCCCCGGUCGCUGGUGUUUGUUUCGAGGCUGAGUGGGAUGAAUCUGUUCCUGAACUUUACAAACAGAUGGGGGUAGCAUAAAACUAGGGGAACCCUAAGGAACAAAUAAUGUUUAUCAGUGUACUUCUGUACAUAAAGAUUAUGUAUCUCUGUAGACAUCUCUAGCAAUAAAGAUGAAAGUUUUGUCCUUUA